GUCAGCACUUGCUUAAUGAAUUUCUCAUUAUACCCUUUCUUCCAUUCACCUAUUUUCCCUUUCUCAACAUACAUACAAUAUCAUUACUACGGUGGUUCCUCUCUCUCUCUAUAUCCCAUCCACCGCCAUACACAAAACGACUUUCUCUCUCUAAAAAUAAAUGCAAAAUUCGAAUGUAGAGAACAGCAACUCUAUGUGCAACUCCGUCGAUUCAGAUGCUCCGCUCUCCGUCGAUAGACCAUUCACCGCCACUGGCGAUGUCGCCAUAGCUUUCAUCUAAGUUCUUCUAGGGUUUUUCAUUCGUUCGGUGCAGCAUUUUUCAAUCGUCGAAUUCUGUAGACGAAGCAAGCAAUAGUUGCAUAAACUCCCGAGUAUAUACACACACACAUCCGGCUUUGUUUGUGAUCGGAGACCCUUGUAUAUCUAGGGUUUUUUUUCAUGGCUCCUGGGCGUAAACGUGGAGCUAAAGGAGUGAUGUCGAUGAGCGACUUGAGUCUGGGUGAUCUUGUCCUUGCUAAGGUUAAAGGUUUCCCUCCUUGGCCUGCUAAGAUUAGCAAACCAGAAGAUUGGCAACGAGCUCCCGAUCCUAAAAAGUAUUUUGUCCGAUUCUUUGGUACAGAUGAAAUAGCAUUUGUCGCCCCAGCAGAUGUUACGGCGUUUACCGUUGAUGUUAAAAAUAAAUUGUCAGCCCGAUGUCAGGGUAAAACAGUAAGAGAUUUUGCCAAAGCAGUGAAACAAAUUUGUGCAGAAUUCGAUGAGUUACAGCAGAAAGAUUCAAGUGUUUCAGGAGAUGAAGCGUAUAAAACCGCUACAGGCUGUGGAAUGGCUUCAGUUGAAAGGGUGGAUGCUGCUGCUGAGUUCGACCAAAUGGAUGGGGAUAAGAAGUCUAAGCAAGAAACAGAUAUCAAAAGUCUAGUAGAGGGAUCUGGGUUAGAGCGCUGCUCGAUGAUGAAAAAUGAUACAGCGGAUUUCGUUUCAGAUGAUUCAGAGGGUAAUGUGCCUCCAUCAAUUUCAGCUAUAAAGAAGGUUUCAAUUCCCAAUAGGAUUUCUGAUUCAGUAAAGGAGUUGGCUUCAUUGCCUAGUGCCGAAAGCACUCAUGCUAACUUAUUGAGUGAGGACAACAGAGAUCCUGAGGAGCGUGAUAAGCAAUUGAUCCACAAGGAGAACAUGAGAACUGCAGAGCGAAGUCAUUUUCCUGAUCCAGAUUUUCCUCCUCCUAUAUCAUCUGAUGAUGUGAAGCAGCUUGAUGGUGGUCGGAAGCAGCUGACAAAUGGACACAAAGAAGUGCUGGCAAAGAGGAAACCUGGGGUUAGACAUGAAGGGCAAAGCAUUGGUGAUAGUAUGAGUGAUCCGACUGUUAAAAAAGCUAGUGCAAAAAAAUUAGUGCCAGAGGUUACGUCAGGUGCGGAUGGUGGUAAAAAGACAAAAAGACAGAAUGAUAGAAAACCUGAUAUGGUGGAUUCUGCUCUCGACCAUGUUGAGGAGAAAAAAUUUCAGUUGUCUAGCAAGAAGUUGAAAGUUGAAUCUGGACAGAGGCUGCGACGCAAUGAAAUAGCAGAUCCUUCUAAGAAGAUCAAAUGUGCUGAUGGGGCUGUGGAUGCAGCUAAGGUGAGCAAAAAUUAUGAUGAGGCUAAAGUGGGGAAAUCAGAGGUUAAAAAAUCAAUACCACUGGGAAAAGCUGAGGAUCACUCUUCAUUGAAAUUGCAUGAAGGUGCUAUUGGUUCAAAUAAUUGCGGUGAAGAAGAUGUUUUCCCACCAUCAAAGCGUCAUCGACGGUCAAUGGAUGCCAAGUCUACCUCCUCUCCUGUUCCUCAACUACCUACUAAGAGGAGAGCUGUCCGUUUGUGUGAGGAUGACGGAAAUGAAGAGCCCAAAACUCCAAUUCAUGGAGGAUCCAUUAAGAGGGUUGCUAUUUCUCGUGUACCUAAUUCGGUGAAGAAACCUGACCUAUCUAUUGGAACAGCUAGUAAAGAGCAGCCGAGUGUUAAAGACUCAGGCACAAUUGAGGACAGCUCUAUCAAGGAGCAUGUACCAUCUGUCAGACUACACAAAGAUUUUUCUACACAUAUUUCUCAGAAAAAUGUGGAGAAAAAGCGUAUACCUACUGAUACAAGUGUUUCAUGUAGUCCUGUGAUAUUUGGAACUUCGAAAACAACUUGUCGGGAAGGUAAAACUGAUACUAUAUCACCCAUAAAGUCCCCUGGGUUCACUGCCAAACCAGUCUCAGAGCUGCAAAAAGGUGCUAAACUACCUGGUAAACUACAGGGUGAUCAUAGGAAAUUGUUUGCUGAGCAUGAUACAGGUAUCAUUGGUCCUGAUAACUUAAAUCCAUCUCGUGAUCACCCUAUUGAUGAAAGUAAGAUGGUCUCUACCAGUGAAAGGAAAAAAACAACUCCAAGGUCUAUUUCCUCAACAACUGAACCUGCUCUUGUGCCUGGUAAUCCUGUUGAAAGCAUUUCUACACGGGCAGAAAGGCUGGAAGCUGUGAGAGAUGAGAAGCUUAAUUUUUUGAUAGAUUCCAAAGUUCUGGACCAGGAAACGUCGAUGAAACAUCUCAUAGCAGCUGCUCAGGCUAAAAGGCGGCAAUCUCACUUGAUGAACAUUCAUGGUAAUACCCUUGCUUCUGUGGUUCCCUAUACUGAACCACAGGGAGGGAGCCCCCAUCCAAUUCUUGGUUCUCAACCAUUAAGCUCUGGCAUGCAGCAUCCUGAAAUGCAAGUUUUAUUUUCUCGCCCAUCUCCUUUGUCCGAAAUUCAGCAGUUUUCAUCGACAAAUCCACCUGAGCCUGAAGACAAUGAAGAGAAGAGAGUAAGUUCAGGCCUGGGGGCUGCUGUGGGCUCACUCAGCGGUGGCACUGAGGCAUCUGUUGCUCGUGAUGCUUUUGAAGGAAUGAUAGAAACAUUAUCACGGACCAAAGAGAGUAUUGGUCGUGCAACCCGUCUAGCAAUUGAUUGUGCGAAGUAUGGCAUCGCUAAUGAGGUUGUGGAACUUCUUACCCGGAAGUUGGAAAGUGAAGCCAGCUUUCAUCGCAGAGUGGACCUCUUUUUUUUGGUGGAUUCUAUAACUCAGUGCUCUCAUAGUCAUAAAGGCAUAGCAGGAGCAUCAUAUAUUCCUGCUGUUCAAGCAGCAUUACCUCGUCUCUUGGGAGCUGCUGCUCCACCAGGUGCGGCUGCACGGGAAAACCGUCGUCAAUGUCUCAAGGUUUUGAGAUUAUGGCUUCAAAGGAAAAUAUAUCCUGAUUCUCUUCUUCGCCAUCAUAUGGAUGAUAUUGGUACGAUGAAUGAUGAUUCGUCUGGUGGUUUGUCUUUUAGACCGCCAUCUCGAGCUGAACGUGCUAUUGAUGAUCCAAUCAGAGAGAUGGAAGGCAUGCUUGUUGACGAGUAUGGCAGCAAUGCUACAUUUCAGUUGCCUGGCUUGUUAUCUUCUCACGUUUUUUAUGAUGAGGAAGAAGAAGAUGCUCUUCGUAAUUUGCAAAAUGAAUCUGCUGAAGAAUUAGCAAUAGAACAUACACCUGCAACAGGUGAUAAUGCUGAAAGAUGUACAGUCACUCCUAGUGACAGGCGGCAUUGUAUCUUGGAGGAUGUAGAUGGCGAGCUUGAAAUGGAAGAUGUUUCUGGUCACCCAAAAGAGGAAAGACCUUUAUUUGCAGAUGAUGUGAACCAGAUUGGUCCAGAUCAUACCCUGGUAUCAGCUAUAGAUGAUGUAUCUGAGUUGCCGCCUCUACCUAUGGGAUCCCCACCAUUACCUCCUUGUUCUCCUCCACCCACCCCACCUUUGCCUUCCUCGCCCCCUCCAUCACCGGCACCACCCCCACCUCCCUCGUCCCCAUUGCCACCUCCACCUCCACCUCCACCUCCUCUAUCACAACCCCCACUACCUCCAUCUCAGCCACAUCCUUUCCCUCCACUGCCCGCUGGACCACCUCCGCUGAUGUUCCCUCAACCUCCUUUUCCGCUCCAACAUGAAGUAGGGACACAACACUUCCACUCUCUCACUCCAUCAGUGCCAUCACCAUCAUCUGUUGUGGCAUAUCCGCAACCUCCUCUUCGAAACGAAGUUGGUAGCAUACCUAGUGGUCAUCGGCUACCACAGGUAGCUGGAAACAUGCCUCAUGGUCCUUGUAUCAGUGCUUCUAAUAGGAAUGAGGUAUUCUCAUUGCAACCACCUUCUUUUACACCAGCAGGAGUUAGUAAUUCGCGGGAAUCUUCUGGAUAUAGUUCACGGCCUUUGGAAUAUGGUUAUAACGAUGCAUAUAUAAACCCAUCAGUUUCUCAGUCCACACAGAAAUUUCAGCUUGUUAAUGCCCCUUUUGCCCCAAGGCCCAUGCAUCUUAACCCUCCACAUCAAAUCCCCUCCAAUAGUUUUUCGUAUCCAAGGGCCCCAGUGCAGCAACAUCCACAACAAGCGUAUCCUGCACCAUGCUCAUUACCAGAGCGCCUUGAUGGAUCGAGGCGUUAUAAUGGUGAUGAACAAUGGAGGAUUCAAUCCAAUGAGUUCAAUGGUGACCAUCAGCGCGGUAUGUGGAUUGGUGCAGGAAGAUCAUGCCCUGGGCCAACUAUUGUUCAGGAAGGUUAUUUCAGACCUCCUGAUAGACCACCUGUGAGUAAUGCUGGAUUCCAGCCUUCUGGAUCAAAUGCUUUCCCCACUGGCCCUCCAAUUUCAGGUCAUGGAAUGCCUUGCCAUCCGGAUGUAACUGUUCUCAACUGGAGGCCGACAUGAGAUCAUCGGGAGUUGUUUUUUGAUCUUCGUAUCUAAUGGUGACUCAAGUAGGAUACAGGACUGGCAUCUGGACAAAAGACAGUCAUUAGAGCAAUUGCUGUAAAGUUGGUUGACCCUUGGCAGGAUUUUGUACUAUUGUAAUUUUCCUGACAAAUGCAUCUCACAGACAUAUACUUAACAAAGUGUAUUUACGGAAGAUAGCUAGUUAGAAUGCAACAUUGUAGCCCUUUGUUGGUUGGCGGUACAAUAAGAUCUAAUGAUUCUGGCAGAUUGUUCUGCUGCAAAAUUCCAAGGUAAUUGUGUAGUCAGAUCCCUGAACUGUAGCAGUGCGUCACUGCUUCCUUCUUUUGUCCAUUCCCCCCAUAAAAUGGUGGUCAUUUUUGUGAAAGAACAUUUGCAGUUUAUAUGUGGUGGUUUUUCUCAAGUAAGAAGAGUUAUGUAAAAUUUUCAUGUAUAUCUGUCGGAUGGAGUUAUAAUUUUGGGAAAAAGGGUUAUUCUGUAAAUAAUUCGAAAUAUUAUAGAAGUAGGAUAUAUACAAAUAUUCAUCCAUUCCACCCUCAAA